AUUGAAAAUCGUUAAUUUUGUUCCGUAAAUUUACUCAAAUUGUAAGUUACUUUCUAAUUUAAUUGAUUUUCGUUAGGUUGAAUUCUGUUUGAUCUCUGUGAUAUGCUGUCUGAAUGUGUGAUUGUAGCGAGAAUUUGCUGUUUGAUUUGGUAGUUAAGGUGAUCGUUAGUGCAUUUUGUGAGAUUUUGUUUUGAUCGGAUGUUUGUUUAAGUGUGAACUGCUGUUGAUUUGUUUAGAGAACGAUUAGUUGGAUUGCAAUUUUGUGCUUGAUCGGCUGGUGUUCUUUCAACUCUUGGCUUGUUUCUUUGGAUGAUUUGACAGCUUUGUUGUCGUAUCGUACUACAAUUUUCAUGUUAGGCCAUGCUUAAUGUGUCGUUUUGUUUGAAGAUUUUCUCGUCUUUGAGUUUUGUUUGGUUGAGGGAUUCGUACCCCGAUUUAAAUCAUGGUUUCUCUCAUAAAAAAUACACGUAAAUCAAAAAUAUUCUAAUAUCAUGAUUUUAAUCAAUUAACUAAACGUCUCCUAAUUUGCAUUUGGUCGCAAUAGCCUUGGCGUUGUAGUUUUACCUGGAUGCUUUUUUGUUCAGAAUUUCUUGGACCAACCUGUUGCUAUUAUUCGAUGAUUUGAUAUCAUAUUUGAUCCAAACCAAUGUCUUAAAAAUAGUUUGGUGUUUUUGAUUGAGUUGUGUUCCUGAAAGAAAUGGAAGCUCGAAUGAAAUUUGAUAUUUUAUCCUUGUUUAAAGUAGGAUUGCGUCUUUAAAUAUUAUUAACUUUCUAAAGUAGCCAUAAUAUCCAGUUCCCCAUAGUGUUGAAAAUGGGUUUAUAAUCUUCGGCAUCUAUGUACAAGGUGUCCGAAGUUAAAAAAUAAGAGCCUUUGAACUCCAUUCUUAUUCAUUCAUUUCAUGGUAGUGAAAGUGUUGUAUUUACAUUGGACGAAGUACCAGAUGAGUUCUAUUUUAUUUUAUAUUUAUAGAAGCCUCCUUGAUGUCUUUAUAUUACGGGACUGCUAUAAAACUAAAAUAAAAUGAGUUUAUAACCCGGGCGAUCCAUGUAGAAGAUGUAGGAAAUUCAAAGAUAAAACUCUUUCUUAUGCAUUCAAAUGUUGUUCACCAUGGUGGUGAAAGUAUGUUCUCUUUACUUUAGAAGAAGUCCUGGGUGAUUCUAUUAUAUUUUUGUAGCAUCCUCCUUGACGUAUAUCAAGCGAACCCGAGUGAUCAAAAUACCGUUGGAAUUAUGAAAGGUCUCUCUCUUUAGUAUUUGAUUUAACUGUUAAGACACAUACGAUUUACAUCACAAAGAUGCACUAGGAACCAAAUGGUGAAACUGAAUUACUCCCUCGCUUCCCUCUCCCAAGCAUUCAUGAAAAGAAAAGGGAAAAUAAAAAGUUCUUCCCUGUUAUUUAAAGAAAUGGUAUUAUGGAAACUGUUGUAGCUGGAGGAAGAGAGUAGGCCAUAUUGGUGUAGAGGCAACACGUGAAAAAGGAGGCCCUGAACCUUUUAUUGUCACUGUCCGCGUAUUAGCAGCUGGUUUUCCUCAUCAGCUGGUUUGUUCUUUUGAGUUUUAGGUUUAUUUAUUUAUUCAUUUUUAAUAUUCCGAUGAGGGCUCUCUAGGUGGUUUUGCAUCAUUGCCUUACACCGGAGUUAGAAAUGUGAGUUAUAGGACUUAGUAACCAAACUAACUUCCAGGAGAGCCUAACAUGCAACAUGAGACAUUUCAAAAAAUCGUUUCAACAGAGUAUGAAAUUUUGUUCUGGAAAUGAACAGUGAUCCUGGCUUGCUUCAUCUGUACUCAAAAAAAUUUCUGCACACAGAAUCAAGCUUUGUUAGUUUACUGUCCUAAAGAAGCAAGGUGGAUUUUAUCGAGUUGUUGCAGGAAAUAAAGUGCUUCUUAGGUGUUCUAGUGCACUGUCCUGGGUGCCAAGAUUUGCUGCUCUCCCCUGGAUGUAAUCUUUUUUUGGUCCUUUUUUUCAUUUCAUACCCUAAACUUUUUGAAACCUCUGAGUCACAAUCAAGAAUAGUACUGGCUACCUGUCUAUAUAUUAUGGCAGUUCCGAACGUAAGUUCUUAGAUAAUGAGAAUUUGAACUUUCAGAUCAGCCAAAUAUUGAACGAACUGAAGUUAUUAAACCCUGAUGGUAAAAGGUCUGAGUUUUGGCCUAUUCGGUAAGUUCAUUUCUCUGACGGAGAUUGGUGCAGAGUUGCAAAUGGAGGUAGGCUUGUCCUUUUUUGGACAAUCAACAUGCACAUUUCCGCAAUCUGUCGCACUGUUUCUCCUGUUCUUUUAUUCCUUUUCAGAACACAUUUGAUUGUGUAAUGCAUUGCUUUUACCAUAGGUUGGUAUUGAUCCUGCCCAAUAUAACUGGAUUUGGUUCCGGGACUUCUUCAAGGGAAUCAAGUAUGAAUACUAUUAAUCAGCUGGAAGUCUGGAGUUUCUCAGUGCCGCAUUGUGUUUAUUAUAUGGGCUUCUGAUAGAUCUACUUAAUUUGAUGAAUCGUUCUCUUCAAGAAGUGCUGAUUGGCAGCUGUUCAGGCUUGCUUGGAUUAUUUUGUUGCUGAUUUCAAUUGUCUGCAGCUGUGUAGAAGAAAGCCAGAGUGUCAUGCGGUGCUUUACGGUUGAUUGCCAGCUUGUAGAUGCUUUUUAAUCAUAUCUAGCAAUAUGGUUGAUAAUUUGGAAGUAGCAUUCAAUCCUACCCCGUUUCAACAAAUUGGAUCCAAAGACAUGGACCAUAUGACACACACAGAGUGUGAAGUGAAGGCUGAAAACACUUAUCCUUUAAAUGGAGACUGCAUUGGCGUGGAAGCAUCAAGGGAUUAUACAAAGGCUGUUGAAUCAUUAGAGAAGGGGCAUAUGCAGUAUGGGUGUCCGCAUUAUCGCCGGAGGUGCCGCAUCAGAGCUCCUUGUUGUAAUGAGAUUUUCGAUUGUCGCCAUUGCCAUAACGAGGCAAAGAAUAAUAUUAAUGUCGAUCAGAAGCAUAGACAUGACAUUCCACGGCAUCAAAUCAGACAGGUGAUAUGUUCACUUUGCGGGACUGAGCAAGAGGUCCAGCAAGUCUGUUUUAACUGUGGUGUAUGCAUGGGGAAAUACUUCUGUGAGACUUGCAAGCUAUUUGAUGAUGAUAUAUCUAAAAGACAAUAUCAUUGCAAUGGCUGUGGCAUUUGCAGGAUUGGAGGGCGUGAGAACUUCUUCCACUGCUACAAGUGUGGUUGCUGCUACUCAAUUUUGUUGAAGAACAGUCACCCUUGUGUGGAGGGGGCAAUGCAUCACGAUUGCCCUGUUUGCUUUGAGUUUUUAUUCGAAUCAAGAAGCGAUAUAACUGUUAUGCCAUGUGGACACACUAUCCACACGAACUGCUUGAAGGAGAUGAGGGAACAUUAUCAAUACGCUUGCCCUCUUUGCGCCAAGUCGGUUUGUGACAUGUCAAGGGUAUGGGAGAAAUAUGACAUGGAGAUAGCCGCUACACCAAUGCCUGAACCAUAUCAAAACAAAUUGGUUUGGAUUCUCUGCAAUGACUGUGGAAAAACCUCAGAAGUUCCAUUCCAUCUUGUGGCUCAAAAAUGUUUGAACUGCAAAUCCUACAAUACUCGCCAAAUAAGAGGGUGAGAUAGUGGUGGUCGGUUGCAGAAGAGUUCAAAUGCCAUCGACGGGCUUUCAUUGCAAUCUUGGGUUUGCUCGACCUUUGGCCAUGUCCUGCCGAACAAUACAAUGCAAAUAGAGCAAGAGGGCUUUGUGGUCCGGUGGCUUGUUCUCCGCUGUAGAUUCUUAGCGCCCACUUUCCUGUUUCCUUGUUUUUUCGUUGUUGAUUUUGUUUUCCUUGUGUCCUGUUCCCCUUGUGGGAACUUGUUUAACGCAAGGCUAUCAUGGAAUAUCGAUCGGACGGACUUGUUUUUUCCUGCGUUUUUUACCACUUCAUCCUAGGGGCUUUUUUUUUUUUCACUUGUCACCUUGCCAUUGUCAAGAAAUUUUCCCUCUUCUCUAGUUGUGGCAAGCCACGGCCGUUUAAGCAAUGGUGGAAAAGGUCUUUUCGUCUCUGAGAAAUAGUGGUAAAAGGUGUAUGAUGGGUCAUGAAUAUGAUUGCUUGUAACCAGAGUCCUUUGUUAGUGGAAUCUUUUUUUGUGUCUUUCUUUUGCGGAAGGGUCCUUUUCUCUCUGGAAGACUUCUUGGUCAUGCAGUGAAAUGUUGGAUUCCUUUGGCAUAAUGCCAAAUUGCUCGCAUAUUUUACAAUUUGACUUGUUAAACGUUCUGGUCUGGUGAUAGCUUAAUGAAAAUAGAAAAAUGAUGAAAGUUUUACCUUUUCAA